UAAGCGCGCAUUCACGCGGGGUCCGGGGGAGGGGGCGGUGCAGGGCGAGGAGGGGGACUUUUGGAGGGUCUUCCGCCGGGCCGCGGGACGCCGCUGGGCGCAGAAGCAGUGAAGGCGGCCUCAGUCCGAAUGGGGUAGGCGCGCUCCGCCGCGAACCCUGGAGGUGGUGCCUCCCCCAGUAAAAAGCCUUUGGGGGGGAGCUUCCUGGGGCCUCCGCCCCGGCUGCCCGCGGCCUCCUCGGCGCUCCUUUCCUAGUGGGAGGGAGGGAGGGAGGGAGAGAGGGAGGGAGGUGGGGGAGGAGGGAGUUGGAAAGAGAGGGGGGCGCUGAGCCAACCGCCGGCGGAUCCAGCGGCUCCUCGGGGAGGGUGGGCGGGCGAGCGGGGGAGGGCGCGCCGAGGCUCGCUCGGGAGCAGUGGCCGCCGAUGACGGCAGAGGUGCAGCCAGCCCCGCGCGCGCAGCCCCCUCCCCCUCGCCCUCCUCCCCCUCCUCCUCCUCCUCCUCUUCCUCCUCCUCCUCCUCCUCCCGGCUCCUCGGCGGCGCAGAGCAGCGGCGGCAGCGGCGGCGGCGGCAGCAGCCACCCGAUGUCUUCGGCGCCCGAGAAGCAGCAGCCACCGCACGGCGGCGGCGGCGGUGGCGGCGGCGGGGGAGGCGGCGCGGCCAUGGACCCCGCGUCCUCCGGCCCGUCCAAGGCCAAGAAGACGAACGCCGGCAUCCGGCGGCCGGAGAAGCCGCCCUACUCGUACAUCGCGCUCAUCGUCAUGGCCAUCCAGAGCUCGCCCACCAAGCGCCUGACCCUCAGCGAGAUCUACCAGUUCCUGCAGGCGCGCUUCCCCUUCUUCCGCGGCGCCUACCAGGGCUGGAAGAACUCGGUGCGCCACAACCUCUCGCUCAACGAGUGCUUCAUCAAGCUGCCCAAGGGCCUCGGGCGGCCCGGCAAGGGCCACUACUGGACCAUCGACCCCGCCAGCGAGUUCAUGUUCGAAGAGGGCUCCUUUCGGCGGCGGCCGCGGGGCUUCCGAAGGAAAUGCCAGGCGCUCAAGCCCAUGUACAGCAUGGUGAACGGGCUAGGCUUCAACCAUCUCCCGGACACCUACGGCUUCCAGGGCUCGGCUGGCGGCCUCUCCUGCCCACCCAACAGCCUGACGCUGGACGGCGGCCUGGGCAUGAUGAACGGCCACUUGCCGGGCAACGUGGACGGCAUGGCCCUGCCCAGCCACUCGGUGCCCCACUUGCCGUCCAACGGCGGCCACUCGUACAUGGGCAGUUGCGGCGGUGCGGCGACCGCCGGGGAGUACCCGCACCACGACGGAUCCGUGCCGGCCUCCCCGCUGCUGCCCGCUGCGGCCGCCGCAGCUGCCGCCAGCGGGGUCAUGGAGCCGCACGCCGUGUACUCGGGCUCGGCCGCCGCCUGGCCGCCCUCGGCCUCCGCAGCGCUGAACAGCGGUGCCUCCUACAUCAAACAGCAGCCCCUGUCCCCCUGCAACCCCGCGGCCAACCCGCUGUCCAGCAGCCUCUCCACGCACUCUCUGGACCAGCCGUACCUGCAUCAGAACAGCCACAACGCCCCAGCGGAGCUGCAAGGCAUACCACGCUACCACUCCCAGUCGCCCAGCAUGUGUGACCGCAAGGAGUUCGUCUUCUCCUUCAACGCCAUGGCGUCCUCUUCCAUGCACUCAGCGGGAGGGGGCUCCUAUUACCACCAGCAGGUCACCUACCAAGACAUCAAGCCGUGUGUGAUGUGAGGCCGCAGGCGCCUCCCGACGCACGGCCUGAAACUGUUCUACUCGAGGUAUAGCCGCGGGCAGCGGAAAAGGGCUCGCCCCCUCCCCGCCGGAUUAUUUGCAGAAAGUCAGCGGCCAGAAGCCCCAGCACCGCCUCCCGUGUGCUCAAGGAUUUUUAUUUUUAAGUGGUGGUGUUGUGGUUGGAGCCGCGCGUCCUGGCCAGGCCUGCGACAGCACCCGGUGAAAUCUGCCGGGGUCUCCCCAGGGAGCGGGAAGAUUCUCCCCCCACCCCAAGAAAGACUAAGCGCAUUCCAGGGCUUUCAUUUGGGGGCAGGAUAUUUAUCUUUUCCCGUGGAGGUGUUCUGA